AUGCGGGCUGAGCUGUCAGCCUCCUCUGGCCCGGCCAGGGCUCACCCCAGACCCCUCGAGGGCUGCGGACAGGGAGGGCUCCGGGCGGCGGUCGGUGUCUGUGAGCGAGGAUUGGGCGGGGGCGAGAGGCUGGGGUCGCAGGAGAGGGUCAGGGUCGGAGGGUCGGAGGCCCAGGGCCUGGCCCGCGGGAUGAAGAUCCGUGUCAGCGGGAGAAGAAGGUCUGGGUGGGGGGCCGAGGGCCGGGCUACUCGGCGCCGCAGCCCGGGCCCAACUCGCCAGCCCUCCCCUGCUGCCCGCAGGCCGUUGGCCUCCCAGGCCACGGAUUCGCCGCAGGAGGCGGCCCGGGUCGCAGAGGCCUGCCUCUCCUCAGGGGUCCUGUAUCCCCCGGGGGUGGCGACUGACGACGCUCAGAAGUUCAAAGAGGCGGCAGGGCCAGCGGUCAGCAGCGCGCACGGGCCAACCAAGCUGCGCCUGCGCGAGAAGCGCCUCCGCGUGACUGACGGGGGAAUGCGCGGGCCAACAGGCUGGGCAUCAGAGCGCCGGGCGGGGGAACCUUCUGGGGCGAGCGGUUGGUAUUGCCGGCGCUUACUCUCCGGGGCCGCCCGGCGGAUAGCUGGCGUGGGGGAGGAGGCAGGAACCGCGAGGGCGCCUCAGGAGCACGGCGGUGGGGGAGGGGGCGGCUCGGGGCCCUGCGCGGGGUCCGGGGGAGGCGGCUUCGGGGGUUCAGUGGCGGCGGCGUCAGGCGGCAAAUCCAGUGGUGGGGGCUGUGGAGGCGGCGGUAGUUACCUGGCCUCCUCCUCUUCCUCCGUGGCGGCAGCGGCCGGGGCCGCGGUGUUACCGGUGAAGAAGCCGAAAAUGGAGCACGUCCAGGCUGACCACGAGCUUUUUCUCCAGGCCUUUGAGAAACCAACGCAGUUCUAUAGGUUUCUUCGAACGCGAAAUCUUAUAGCGCCAGUAUUUUUGCAUAGAACUCUUACUUACAUGUCUCAUCGAAACUCCAGAACAAACAUCAAAAGGAAAACAUUUAAAGUUGAUGAUAUGUUAUCAAAAGUAGAGAAAAUGAAAGGAGAGCAAAAAUCUCAUAGCUUGUCAACUCAUCUGCAGCUUACAUUUACUGGUUUCUUCCACAAAAAUGAUAAGCCAUCACAAAAUUCAGAAAAUGAACAAAAUUCUGUUACCCUGGAAGUCCUGCUUGUGAAAGUUUGCCACAAAAAAGGAAAGGAUGUACGUUGUCCAAUAAGACAAGUUCCUACAGGUAAAAAGCAGGUGCCUUUGAAUCCUGACCUCAAUCAAACAAAACCUGGAAAUUUCCCGUCCCUUGCAGUUUCCAGUAAUGAAUUUGAACCUAGUAACAGCCAUAUGGUGAAGUCUUACUCAUUGCUAUUUAGAGUGACUUGUCCAGGAAGAAGAGAGUUUAAUGGAAUGAUUAAUGGAGAAACCAAUGAAAAUAUUGAUGUCAAUGAAGAACUUGCAGCUAGAAGAAAACGAAAUCGUGAAGAUGGAAAAACAUUUGUUGCACAAAUGACAGUAUUUGAUAAAAACAGGCGCUUACAGCUUUUAGAUGGGGAAUAUGAAGUAGCCAUGCAGGAAAUGGAAGAAUGUCCAAGAAGCAAGAAAAGAGCAACAUGGGAGACUAUUUAUGAUGGGAAGGUAUGGACUACUUAG